GCCAUUCAUUAACUUAUUGCAUAUCUUUUUUAUAGGUUUCAUUUUUUAUUUAUAACAUUUGAUUAGGUCUUAUACAUUGUAAAUCCUCAUACUGAGUUUCGCCUUCUAAAUAAGUCUUUGUACAUUCAUUGUGAAAAAAACUAAAAUAUUCCUAGAUACCUUAGACCUAUUCAUUUCAAAGAUUUUUUAUAUAGCCUGCUUUCCCAGGCAUGUUCCUGAUGCUUAUGCUCAUCUUAGUCAAUCGACGAACACCUCUUCAUUAAAACAGCAAUUAUGCGAAUCCUUAGUUGGAAUGUAAAUGGUAUACAAAAUCCAUUUAAUUAUCACCCAUGGAACAAAAAGAAUUCCUACAAAGAAGUUUUUGAAGAGCUAAAAGCAGAUAUCAUAUGCUUCCAAGAAUUAAAGAUGCAAAAGGAUAAUUUUCCUCAAGAAUUUGCUCUUAUUGAAGGAUAUGAAGGGUAUUUUACAUUUCCUAAUACAAGAAAAGGUUAUAGUGGAGUUGGAAUUUAUGUAAAAAAAGAUCUAUGCACACCAAUAAAGGCAGAAGAAGGAAUUACCGGAAUUUUACCUGUCCGAAACCAACGGUACUCUUAUAUUGAAGCACCUCCACAUGAACAGAUUGGGUACUACCCUAAAGAUGUGGACAGAAAAACUGCAAAAUGGGUUGAUGAUGAAGGAAGAUGUAUUAUACUAGACUUGGGUAUAUUCAUCCUAAUUGGCGUUUAUUGCCCUGUCAAUUCUGGGGAUCAUAGGUGGGAAUAUCGAAAGGCUUUUUACAAAUGUUUACGAGAUAGGAUAUCAUCUUUAAUAAAGGAAGGAAAACGGAAUGUUGUCUUGGUUGGAGAUGUAAAUAUUCUCUGCGAUUCGAUCGACACGGCAGACCAGAAAGAUAUAAUAAAAGAAUCGUUCGUCCCUAGUAUAAGUGAAUCAAGAAAAUGGCUAAGAGAGUUAUUGAAGCCACAUAGAUCUGGGCUUUUGCUCGAUAUAGGACGGAUACGGCAUCCUACAAGAAAGGGCAUGUUCACUUGCUGGAACACCAGACUUAAUAUGAGGCCCACUAACUAUGGUACAAGAAUCGACUAUACGCUAGCAACUCCGGACUUGUUACCAUGGGUACAAGAUGCAGAUAUCAUGGCACAUGUCAUGGGAUCUGAUCAUUGUCCCGUUUACAUGGAUCUAAGGGAUUCAUUAGAUGAUACACCACUUAAUGAUUUACUUACUCAUGCGAAAGAUCCUCCUUCUUUGGCUGCAUGUCAUCACUCAGCGUAUCGACCGUCUAAAAACAUACAUGCGAUGUUUCAACAGUUUGAAAAGACGAAAAAGUCAAGGUCGGAAUCAGAUAUUAAUAUGGCGGAGACAUCCACAACAUCCUCUUGCUCACCAUCUACUAACAACAGUACCCCAUUGUCUGUGCCCGAGAAUGGCCCGGUUGAGAAGCGUCGACGAACAGAACAGCAGCCAAAGUUAUCCUCUUUCUUUUCUAAGAAGUCUCACUCAAUGGAAAAAUACGAAGCAGGAUCAGAAAAUCCUCCUCCAAUUAUCGAAGUAGACGAAAUUAGAUCAAAAGUCACAAGCGCUAAUUUUCCUAAUACAGAAAGUGUAACGGCAUGGAAGAGCAUAUUCCAAAAAAAAUCUCCUCCCCUAUGUGAUGGACAUAAAGAACCGUGUAAACUACUAAGCGUGAAAAAGCCGGGUAUAAAUUAUGGUCGGAAGUUUUGGAUGUGUGCUCGACCGAUUGGAGAAGUUGUUGAAAAUUCCAAUGCAGUUUCUAACGAUGAUACACAACCGUUUCAAUGUAGAUAUUUUCUUUGGGAUUCUGACUGGAAGGGUUAAUUAUUCGUUUACGAGAAAUAGACAUGAGUUAUAAUGAUAAUGAUAAUUUAUUUUUUUUGUUUUUCAUGAGUCGUUAGUUGUUAUUUUGUUUGCUACCCAACAUCAUUUCUAAGCAAAUUACGUUCUUCGGAUGCACUUUUCUUCGACAGACAGGACAUUUUUGAGUUGCAGAAGAAGUUCCUAAUGCGCUCAAAAUACAGAAAUUACAGAAAAUAUGACCACAAGGUGUAGCAGACAAAUUUUCGGGAUUAUCUAGACAAAUCACACACUUGUAGUCCGCCAAUCUUUGAGAGUUGUUCAGCGAAUCCGCCUGAGGUGUAACUUCCUGGUUAGGCCUCUGUUUUCUUUUCCUUUGCUUUGGUUGACUUUGUUUCUGUUCAGCAGUUGUUAAAUCGAUAACAUCAUCGAAACGUGACGGGAAAUUAUCAAAAUGACGGGGAUGAUGAGAUAACUCACGAAGAGAGACAUCUUCAAUGCUUUCUAUAUCGUCUAAACCUUCUAGGUCUGCUAACAACUCAUUUCUUCUUCCUUCAGGUGAUUGUACACUCUCAUUAUAUGCCAAGCUUCGAACUGAUUGAGGAGCUCUUUGAACUUCUAAAGCCUGUUGCUCUCCGUCGCCGAUAUGCUGGUCGAUGACUUCUCUUUCCGAGACUCCACUGGAUUCUGCAGGCUCACCGUGACCUUCAUUUAAUGCCUCAUCAACAGAAAAGGAAAUUUCAUUAGAGCCUCUACGUUGACGAGAAGCCGCAGCAAUCGCAGCGGCUUCUCUAGGUGACCGAGUUGCUCUUGUAUUGUAAGGCGUGUAUCUUUGAUUUCCGGACCGUGGUGUAGGAGGCAUUCCCAAUAAUUUCUGUACCUGUAUGUAAAUAGAUACGAAAAAAUUUUUAAGAAAGUCUUCGAAUAGAUAUUCGAAGAAUACUCGUAUUCUGUAUAUCGAUUCUCGAAUCUUUUUGCAACCCAACCAAAGAAGCUUGAUCUUUCAAGUUUACUGAAGGAGUUACCCCAAAACAAACAGAAUUCAAAGAAUUUUUUUUUCUUUUCACAUGAAAUACAAUAACUAAUAAAAAACGAGGUAAUUCAAGU